UGAUUUUCUCCCAGGGAUCACCGAAUGGGAUCUGUUACGUCAGCUAUUAGAGUCCAACUCAUUUCUGCCAACUUGAUCAUCCAUUUCCUCGGUCUUUUAAUUGUUCCUUAAUUGUUUAGGUUGACUUGGAAUCUUUUCUCUCUAACUUUAUGGAAAAUAACAGUGUAUCAACUGAUGGUGAAGCUGUUUUGACUAAAGAAACUCAACAGUUAAUGAACAAGUGGUUAAUCUCUCAAGUACGUGAUUUCAAAAAUAUGAACGAUCAAGCUGCUCAUUUAGACCUUUCAGGGAAACUAAUCAUCAAGGCUAAUUUAGGUGAUGACUUUCGCCGGACUCCAAUUCAUAAUGAAGAUAUUACAUAUGAUGAAUUGAUUUUGAUGAUGCAACGGUUAUUCAAGGGUAAAUUAGAUCCUAAAGAUGACGUUAUAUUGAAAUAUAAGGAUGAAGAUGGUGAUUUGAUUACCAUAAAUGAUAAUUCCGAUUUAAAUUUUGCUAUUGAAUGUUCUCGUAUCUUGCGGAUAACAAUAUUCAUUAAGAAGGAAGGUGAAGAAGAGUCAUCCAAUCCUGAUUCGGAGAAACUGUUGAAUGAUAUUGUCAAGUUGACAGAGAGCUUGGAAGGUUUGAUUAAAAACUAUGAAAAAACACUGAAGAUUAAAAAAUCAGUGGACGACACUACAACACCUCGAUCGGCCAGUCAACCGGUAGAUGAACAACCAGCUACUAUUCAACCUUCAGUGCAACACAUUUCUACCGGUUACGCUAAGAAAGCGGCUAAUUUACCUUCUUCUGGAAUUGGAAAUCUCCAGAUAUGCCCACCGAUGCCGCAACCACUAGGACCUCCUUUUCAAUCUGUACCCACUUCAGGCCCAACUCCCAUGCCAAUACCUUCAAGUCAACCUUAUAACCCGAAUCAAUCCCACUCGCACUCCCAGCCUCCGCCUCAACCUCAGUCACAACCACCUCAGUCUCAUCCACAGCAACAACAACAGCAACAGCAACAGCAACAACAACAGUCCCAACAACCUCCCCAACCUCACCAACAACAACAAUUUCAACCGCCUCUACAACAGCCUCAUCAACAGCAACCACAAUUCCCACCCCCACCUCAGCCUCAUCAACACCAGUCUCAACCACCACAGCCUCACCAACAGCAACAGUCUCAACCCCCGCAACCACAACAGCCACCUAUGCCUCAACCCAUUGGUCAAUCAGGCCCACCAAAAUUUGGCUCAGGUCCAGGACCUUACAAUUCGCCUUUAUCUCAACCUAGUUUCCUUCAAGGGCCACCACAAGGGCCACAAGGUGAUCAACCUGGUCCUGGCAAUUUCCAAGGAUUACCUGGCGUUCAAGGACCACCGGGAUACCAAGGACCAUCCGCUUAUCCAGGGCCACCAUCUAAUCUUGGCUCUGGUCCUCCAAAUAUGUUCAAUCAACCACCACCAAGAUAUGGCCCUGGUCCUGGUCCAUCGUUUAAUCAACAACAACCACAAGGUCCACCAUCAGGACCACAGUCUGGGCCACAACAAGGGCCACCACAAGGACCACCUCAAGGACCACCACAAGGUCCACUUCCAUGGCAACGCGGUCCAAGACCAUUCUUUUAAUCACAAUUCAGAAAAGCGAAUUUCAAUCUAAUGAACAAUUAACCCGCAACAGAUUAUCCAAUCAACUGAACAGCAAAAACACGAAAAAGAAGAAAAAAAUAUCAGAUUUAGAAAAUACCAAAUCCAGAGGUGUAAUUUUAGAUUGAAAACUAAUAAUUAAACAAAUUUCCGAUUGAUUAUAUUAAAUAAAACAUUUUUAACAAUCA